AUGUUCAAUGCCCUAAACCGAUACCUGUCCCGCCUCGACGGCGACGCGCGCCCUCAGCGGGCCGAAGGGGGCAACGAGUACGGGUUCCAGGUCCUGCGCAACACGAAUCUCGAGCUCGCCGUGGAGCCAUGGUUCGACUUCAUCGUUGGGAUAAAUGGGCGCAUGAUUGACAACCCCGACCCGCGGCUCUUCGCGCAGGAGGUGCGUAACUGCGCCGGCGGAAGUGUAGCCUUGGGACUAUGGAGCGCAAAGGGCCAGCGAAUCAGAGUAAUGCACAUCCCCGUCCCGUCCGCCAGCGGCUCGCUCGGCCUCUCGCUGCAAUGGGCGCCACUCUCGCUCGCGUCGACCAUCUGGCACGUGCUCGACGUGCCGGCCAACUCGCCGGCCGACGUGUCGGGCCUGCUGCCCUACAGCGACUACAUCCUCGGCACGCCCGACGGCACCCUGCACGGCGAGAGCGGCCUGGGCGAGCUGGUCGACGACUACAUCGGCCGCCCGCUGCGCCUGUGGGUCUAUAAUAACGAGUACAACGUCACGCGCGAGGUCGAGAUCGUGCCGAGCCGCGAGUGGGGCGGCGAGGGCGCCCUGGGCUGCGUGCUCGGGUACGGCGCGCUGCACCGCCUGCCGGCGCCCCUCGACGAGCCUGUUAAUGCGCCUGGCGAGACUAUGUUCGAUAUGAUGGGGGGAGGCGGCAACGACGGUGGUUACGGCGGCCCUGUCUCGGCGGCAGACCAGUUCGCGGCGCUGAGCUCGCCGGUCGAUCCCGCGGGCACGUUCGUCCCGGCCACGGAGGGAGUGGGAGGCGCACCAUCGUCGGAUUUCCUCGUCCCCGCGCAGUUGGUGGGCACGCCGCCACCGCCGUCGGCUGGCGCACCGCCAAGAGGCAAGAAGAAGGAGAGGCACGGGCAUGGGCAUAGUCCAAAUAGGCUGAUGGAUGACUACUUUGCGGAAGAGGAGCAGAAGAGCAAGGCAUUAGAUGGAAACAUAUCGGCGAGCAGGACACCACCUCCGCCGCCACCUAAAGCAGGCGGUGGACCACCGAGAGCACCACCCAAGGCGGAAGAAGCAAAGCCGGAGGGCGGCAACGAUGGUGAUGAUGGUGUUGACUAG